GAGGCCGCGGCGCCGGGCGGAGCCUGGGCUGCACAGCAGGCGCUCGGGGCGGGGAUCGGGCGCGGCUCCGCGCUCGGGGCGGAGAGCUGGCCCAGCGUCCCGUGCAGCCAGGUCAGGCCCGAGCCAGACGGCGGGCCGGUCCCGCGCCAUGGGCCGGAUGGUGGCUCUGAGUUUGCUGAGCCUCGGGCUGGCGCUGCUGGGCGAGCGGUUCCUCGCCCUCAGAAGUCGACUCAAAGCCUCCAGAGAAGUAGAAUCUGUAGACCUCCCAAACUGCCACCUCAUUAAAGGAAUCGAAACUGGAGCUGAGGACAUUGACGUUCUACCCAAUGGUCUGGCUUUCUUUAGCGUGGGCCUCAAGUUUCCAGGGCUCCACAGCUUUGCACCAGAUAAGCCAGGAGGGAUACUGAUGAUGGAUCUCAGAGACGAGAAACCGAGGGCGCUGGAGUUAAGAGUCAGCUGGGGCUUUGAUUUGGCCUCAUUUAACCCACAUGGCAUUAGCACUUUCAUAGAUGAUGAUGAUACAGUUUAUCUCUUUGUUGUGAACCACCCGGAUUUCAAGAGCAUGGUGGAAAUUUUUAAAUUUCAAGAAGAAGAAAAUUCUCUGUUGCACCUGAAAACCAUUAAACAUGAGCUGCUUCCCAGUGUGAAUGACAUCAUAGCUGUUGGGCCCACCCACUUCUACGCCACCAAUGACCACUACUUCUCCGAUCCUUUCUUGAAGUAUUUGGAGACAUACUUGAACCUACGGUGGGCAAAUGUUGUUUACUACAGUCCAGAAGAAGUCAAGCUGGUGGCAGAAGGAUUCGACUCAGCCAACGGGAUCAAUAUUUCACCUGAUAAAAAGUAUGUCUACGUGGCCGACAUACUGGCUCAUGAAAUCCAUGUUUUGGAAAAGCAACCUAACAUGAAUUUAACUCAACUAAAGGUUCUGCAAUUGGGCACGCUAGUGGACAAUUUAUCUAUUGAUCCUUCCUCCGGCGACAUCUGGGUCGGCUGUCACCCGAAUGGCCAGAAGCUCUUCGUGUAUGACCCGAACCAUCCUCCCUCCUCAGAGGUUCUCCGCAUUCAGAACAUUCUAUCCGAGAAGCCGUCGGUGACAACGGUGUAUAUCAACAACGGGUCUGUCCUCCAGGGAAGUUCUGUGGCGACCAUAUAUGAUAGGAAACUUCUCGUAGGCACUUUAUACCAGAGAGCCUUGUACUGUGAACUCUAAAUUGCAUUUUUGGCAUGCAAAUGCAAUAAGUUUUAACAAAAUACUCUUUUGAUUAAUGGCUAAUUCUGAUGGCAUUUAACCAUCAGUACUGACCUAGUAAUAUACCACAUACGUAGUUCCUUUUAUUUCAAUAAGGAAAGGCCCUACAAUUCUGAUGCGCUUUUAGCAUCAAAAAAUGAACUUUAUUAUUGGUCUUGUUUGUUUGUUUGUUUGUUUGUUUUAUGCUGAUCCAGGGAGAAAGAAGGAAGCUGCUUUUCCGUGAAGCGAAUGCAUUUGCACAGAGGGUCUUCUCCGUGCCUUCGCCAUGUAGGCAUUCACUGAAACAGGGAGAGUGACAAAAAUGACAGUGGCCUCGGUCCCUAUGCUGUGACUACUGAGCGUGUUCAAGACUACUGAUAGAUCACAUUUUGAUGAUUUGUACUUCCGGCUUUGUUUACUGUUUUACAAGUUAGAAUUGUAUUAAAGAUUAACCAAAAUCUGGGGCAGAGGGGUGGGGAGGGGGUUGCUUGUGUUUAACUCCCAAGGGAGAUCCUCUGGAGGAGGUCAGGGGGGAAGUGACUCCUCAGGGACUGCGUUGGACAGGAAUGAAUGAAUGGUCACACUAAUUUGACAUGAACGCUCAAUGGAAAGGGGCUCUUUAUUGAAAACAAUAAAAGAAAACAACUGAACACUGUA